GAUCAGGCCUCCAGACGACUCGCCAGAGGUAUCGACGAUCUGGACUUCUUCAUCGGCGAUGAGGCGCUCGACAAUCAGUCGGCGUAUACCGUGAAGUAUCCCAUACGACACGGCAUUGUGGAGGAUUGGGACCUAAUGGAGCGCUAUUGGGAACAGUGUAUAUUCAAGUACUUAAGGGCUGAACCGGAAGACCACUAUUUCCUGUUAACAGAGCCGCCGCUGAAUACGCCCGAGAAUCGCGAAUAUACGGCGGAAAUCAUGUUCGAGUCGUUCAACGUUCCCGGCCUUUACAUCGCCGUACAGGCGGUGCUGGCAUUGGCCGCCUCGUGGACCUCACGACAAGUGGGCGAACGCACGCUCACCGGUAUUGUCAUCGAUUCGGGCGACGGCGUCACGCAUUGCAUACCAGUGGCCGAGGGCUAUGUCAUCGGCAGUUGCAUUAAACACAUUCCGAUCGCCGGCCGUAACAUCACUUAUUUCAUACAAAACCUUUUGCGCGAACGAGAGUUCGGUAUUCCUCCGACUCAGUCGUUAGAGACGGCCAAAGCCAUCAAAGAGAGGUUCUGUUACGUGUGUCCC